AUGAAAAAGACCCUCUUUCGUCAAGCCUCAUCUUCGCUCCGUUCUGUGCUGAGUCAUCACCAACAUCAUCCAAAAACUACGACCACCCAAGUGGUGCUGCAGAACAGAGCCUUCUCUCAAAAACUCUCCGUUAACCGAUUGGAAUUAAUUGAUACCAAUGAUGCUUCCGUUUUGGAGAAUUUAUCAAAAGAACAACUUCAAAAUUUAGCUAAACUCCGUAACAUUGGUAUUUCGGCUCACAUUGAUUCUGGUAAAACAACACUCACUGAACGUAUUCUUUACUAUACGGGACGUAUCAAGGAAAUCCACGAAGUAAAAGGAACCGAUGGAGUUGGUGCAACUAUGGACUCCAUGGACCUUGAAAGGGAAAAGGGUAUUACUAUUCAAAGUGCUGCUACUCACUGCAAAUGGGAAGAUCACCACAUCAAUAUCAUUGAUACUCCGGGACACGUGGAUUUUACCAUUGAGGUCGAACGUGCAUUGAGAGUGUUGGAUGGUGCCAUUUUAAUUUUGUGUAGUGUGAGUGGUGUUCAGUCUCAAUCAUUGACUGUGGAUCGACAAAUGAAGCGAUAUGGUGUUCCUAGAUUGUGUUUCAUCAACAAGUUGGAUCGUUUAGGUGCAAAUCCAAAUCGUGUCAUUCAACAAGUGAGAGACAAAUUAAAGUUGAAUGCAGCAGCUGUGCAAAUUCCAAUGGGUUUGGAGGAUAACUUGCAAGGAGUUGUUGAUAUUAUUGAAAUGAAGGCUCUCUAUUUUGAAGGUGACAAUGGUGAGAGAGUUGCCGUGAAGGAAGUUCCUGAAAGAUACCUGGAAGAAGCUAACGCAAAGAGAAACGAGUUGUUUGAAAGAUUGGCAGAAGUUGAUGACCAAUUUGCUGAAAAGUAUUUGGAUGACGCUGAAAUCACUGUCGAUUUUGUUCACACAGUCAUUCGUAGAGUUACCAUUGCCAACAAAUUUGCUCCUGUUUUUAUGGGAAGCGCUAAGAAGAAUACGGGUGUUCAAGCCUUGUUAAAUGGUGUGGUUCGUUACUUGCCAAAUCCUGCUCAAGUUCCUAACUAUGCCAUUGACUGUUCAGAAGAGAAACAAGGCGUCCCUGAGUCUGAAAGAAAAACAAGAAUUUUUGCUGACAAUACAAAACCAUUUAUUGGUUUAGCCUUCAAGUUGGAAGAAGGAAAGUACGGACAAUUGACUUAUAUUAGAGUCUAUCAAGGUUCUUUGAAGAAGGGCUCUUCCAUUAUUAAUGUUAGAACUGGUGAAAAGGUCAAGGUUCCUAGAUUGGUCAGAAUGCACGCAAAUGAAAUGGAAGACAUUUCAGAAAUUGGUCCUGGUGAAAUUUGUGCUCUCUUUGGUGUCGAUUGUGCGAGCGGUGACACAUUCAUUUCCAACAUUAAGAACAAGUUCACUUUGGAAACCAUGUUCAUUCCUGAACCAGUCAUUUCAAAAUCUGUUCAAGUCAAGGAACGUACUAAGGAAGCUGUGUUUGCAAAGGCUUUGAGCAAAUUCCAACGUGAAGAUCCAACAUUUAAGGUCACAUUCGAUCCGGAGGGUAAUCAAACCAUUAUCAGCGGUAUGGGUGAAUUGCACUUGGAUAUCUACGUUGAAAGAAUGAAACGUGAAUUCGAUUGUGAAGUCAUUGUUGGUAAACCCUACGUUGCAUAUCGUGAGACCAUUCAAUCACGAGGAGAAUACAACUAUACUCACAAGAAGCAAAGUGGUGGUGCUGGUCAAUAUGCUAAGGUUAUUGGACACAUUGAGCCAAUGGAUGAUAGCGAAAUGGCUGAGGUUCUUGACAAAUUCCUGUUCGAAAACCGUAUUAUCGGUAACGCCAUUACACCAAGUUAUAUUGCUGGUUGUGAGAAGGGUUUCCGUGAAGCCGUCGUUAAGGGACCACUCAUUGGAUGCCCUGUAUGGGGUGUUAAGGCAAUUUUGAGUGAUGGUGCUACUCACCCUGUCGACUCUUCUGAAUUGGCCUUUAGAAUUGCUUGUGUUCAAGCCUUCAAACAAGCUUUCGAUAAGGCAAGACCAGCCAUUCUUGAACCUAUCAUGAGGGUUGAAAUUGUUGUUCCAGAAGAAUUCCAAGGUGAAGUUUUGGGAAGCAUUAACCAAAGACGUGGACAAGUCACAAACUCUGAAAGAAGUGCCAGCGAUGCCUCUUGGACUAUUUGGGCUGAAGUUCCAUUGUCAGAAAUGUUCGGUUAUACAACAAUUUUGAGAAGUUUAACUCAAGGAAAGGGAGAAUGCAGUAUGGAAUACUUUACUCACCGUCUUGUCACACCUGACAUUCAACAAAAGAUUGUUGAAGAAAAGAAUAGAGAAAAUAAUGGUGGAUCGGCAGCUUCAAACGACUCAAAGAAGAAGAAGUAG